CAGACUCGUUCAACCCACAGAGAAAGCAAGGACAGAGCAAGAUAGAGAGGGAAGAGUCUUCCGGGAGAGGGAGAUGGUGUCCAGGGAGCAGAAGGGAGGUGUUUUGCAUGAGAAGCUGCAGAUUCUCCGAAGCGUUACUCAUUCUCAUGCGGGAGAUAACAUGUCCAUAAUCGCUGACGCCUCAUCAUACAUCAAAGAUCUGAAGCAGAAAAUCGCAAAGCUGAACCAAGAGAUCGCAUCCGCAGAACACGCCAAUGUUUGCCAACCAUUGGUGGGUGUUGAGGUUGUAGAGAACGGUUUCCUGAUCAAUGUGUUCAUGGACAAGUGUAGCCCAGGACUGCUUGGUUCCAUUCUUGAGGCAUUUGAUGAGAUUGGGCUAAGCGUGCUUGAGGCCAGGGCUACCUGCGCUGGAUCAUUUCGUCUUCAAGCUGUAGGAGAGGAAGAAGCUGGGGAUCCAAUCGAUGCACAUGCAGUGGAGCAAGCCGUGAUUCAAGCAAUCAAGAACUGUCCUUCAAAGUAAUCAACCUAGAGCUGUUUGAUCGAUUUUAAUUUGUUGCUGUUGGAAUUAGUGCUAGGAGCACAAGAUUUUCAGUCGAAACUCCAAGUUAUACCUAUUGUUAUCAUCCUUUUGAAGAGAGCAAAGUAUAUUCUCUUCCUGCAAGUUUCCAUCUUGCAUGUUAUGCUAGUUAGGGGCAUCUUAUGGUAAUGUCAAUAUAUAUUGUUGCUACAUCAA